AUGAGUGACCAGUUCCCCCGCCUUCCGAACUCCGAACAGAAUUCGGAUUUUCCAGGCAAUGAAUCGGCGUCGUUCACAUUCGACUGGGGGGUUCCUGCACUGGCGUCACUUCCGGCUGAGUUUUCCGCUAAUUCUAACCUAAUCCCUGGCCGUGAAGACUUGAUUAGCCCCAAUCCGAACGAAUGGUCUACGAAUGCUAAGGUCAAAAUCCCCCGCUCCGCUCAAGCUGCAACCUGGACUAGCACCGGCCGAACCAGCCGAGCUUGCGAAAAUUGUCGCGAGCAAAAGGCCAAAUGCAGUGGCCAUCACCCCACCUGCAACCGUUGUGCCGAUGCAGGGAUUAAAUGUUCCUAUAGCGAUCGAAAAAGGGACAAGGUUUUGAAGGAACUAGAUGAUUUAAAGGCUCAGGUUCAAACCUAUGAAGCUGUUCUACGCGAGGUCUACCCGAGGCUAGAUUCGCUGUCAGCCCAAUACGUUGAUCAGUCUCUUGGCCAAUUAGUCAGACUAUCGAGCUCCCCGGGAUUUCGCUCCGAGCCCAUGGCUGAUGGCCACCCCUUGGCUACCAUCGACCACACCGAAGAAGAUUUCAAUCGCGUUGGAAAGGAGGCGCUGGGAUUCGUGGGUGAACAUUCAGAGAUGACAUGGUUGUAUAGACUCAAGCGCGAUCUCGGCCAGGACAACUCAAUCCCCAGCAAUGAACCUUCCAAUCGACCUUCGAUCUCAUCCCUCAACUACUUUCAAGAGGACGUGGACCCUUUCCCCCUCAAGAACAUCAACAUCCUGGGGAGACCUGCGCAGCAUAUUGCCGACAAACUUGUCGACCUCUAUCUCCAGGUGGUUCACCCUGCCUUUCCCAUUGUUGGGAAGGCAAUUUUCCUGAGUCAAUACCAAUCAUUUUCUGCGAAUCCGAAUUUAUUUCCUGGCAAGCGGUGGAUGGCCGUGCUGAAUUUGAUCUUCGCCAUCGCGGCGAAACACUUGACAUUAGUCAACACAACACCACUAGAAGAAAUCGGUGACCAUAUGGUCUACUUUACCCGGGCGUGGCGACUUAGUCUUGGGGACGUUGCUUUGAUUCAUCACCCCAACCUUCAACAGGUACAAGUGGAAGGACUGACCGCUUUUUAUCUCCUUGCCAAUGGGCAAGUCAACAGAUCUUGGCGGAUGGUUGGGAUCUCGAUUCGAUCAGCCGUGGCUAUGGGUCUGAACCUUCGCAGCGAGAGCUUCGAUGUUGCCCAUGUCUCGAAAGAGACUCGCUACCGUGUGUGGUGGGCACUGUUUAUGUUGGACACACUCUUGUGUGUGAUGAUUGGUCGCCCUCCUAGCUAUGGCGAUAAUUUCUGUACAACCCCCCGCCCGAUACCCUUCCGUGAAGAAGACUUUGGAGACGACGAAGUCAAACAACUUAUCACCGACUUUGGGAUGCGACAAACCCUAUUAAAGUCGCUCCUUGCAUAUGGCAAUUCACCUAAUACAAGUGAUAGCCCCCUGGAUGCUCUUCUGUCGCCGAGUUUUGCUUCAGCAAAGGGCAAACAACCCGCCCAAUUAAGCCCAAAUUCCCAAGCAAGUCCAACCAGGACUGCAAGCCCGACCCCCAAUCUCUCAUUAUAUUUUUUAUAUGCGGUGGACUUGGCGUUUCUCAUGCGAGAAGCUGUUGAGACCCUUUACGCUCCUGGAGCCACGCGACGAUCUUGGCUGGAAAUGGAAAAUGCAAUUUCCAACUUUAACAACAGCGCUGACAACUGGCUCUCUCGUCUGCCAAUCGAUUUCCGAUUUGCGCAACUCGAUUCCAACCGGCCAUUUGCCCGUCAAUGUGCCAGUCUCGCUUUCCACUUUUACACCACCAAACUCGUUAUCACUCAACCUUGCCUUCGCCGCCUUGCCUACCAAUCUCCCGAAACACAAUCCCCAGGUCCCCUCUGCGAUGCAAUGGCGAAAAUGUGCGUGGAAAUGGCUCAAAAAAUGCUCUCUCUUCUGCCCGAUGAGACCAACGCAUCUCUACUAUACAACGCUUCCCCAUGGUGGUGUGUCCUACACUACGUCAUGCAGGCAAUUACAAUUCUCCUGGUUGAGCUGUUCAUGCGUACCGAGUCUGGCACCAUGGAGGCCGUCGGGCUCCUAGAUAAUAUCCGAAAAGCGGUCCGCUGGCUCCACGCAAUGGGCACGCGGGAUUCGUCGUCUCAACGAGCUUGGUCUGUGUGUAUGGAAAUCCUCGCAGAGCAUGGUUUUGAGUUGAACUUGCCAGUGGAUUGA